UAAUUUCGCUCCGGGAUCUGAAUGCAGAGUUGAUGAAGAAGUUGUCAAUGUCUACAGAUGCAGUGAUAUCCAAAAGGUGUGUAAAGAAUAAACAUCAGUCUGUAAAAACAAAGAGACAAAAAUGCAAUCUUCCAAAAACUUGUAAUAUGAAACAAACCUGUUUCCUAUUUCAAAAACUUCCAAACGAGUGCAAAGUUAAAGUCUUAUCUUACCUGACUGAUGUCGAGAAAUGCCUAGCUUCUCUAGUGUGUACAUCAUUUGCGCAGUUAAUGCGCACACCAUGCUUGUGGACAAAGGCUGAUUUUGUUGAGUUGAUGUUCUUCAGUAGGAGGAGACCUAUGCCGAUCCCAUCACCAGCGCUGGAAUGCCAAGUCUUAAAGGAACGUGUCAAGAACUUUGUGUUUCAUCUUGUGUCUCGUCAAGCUUUGAUUCGAGAACUUGUCUUUGAGUUCGAUCUCCACGAUGGUGACGAGAUAUGGCUCAAACUUCUUGUUUACUUGCUACAAAUGGCGCAUGCUCAAGAUCUUCAAAUAAUUAAGUGUAAUUGGACCUUUACCCCUCAUAUACCGUGGUUCUUAGACGGUGCGGCACUGGGAGCCAAAGAAUCCCGGGUUAAUUCAUUCCACAAGUUCCUAUCAGUCCUUCAAGAAACAAGUCCUGGAAUUAACACGUUCUCAAUGCCGUUUGACUGGUCAUCAUACUCAAUCACUCUUCUAUGUAACUUCAAAGAAAUAACUUCCCUAGAGCUGUCCAAAUACUGGGUCUUUCAAGCUCUACCUCAAACGCUGUUGAAUAGCCUUCUGCAAGAUCUUCCGAAGCUAAAACGGUUGAAGCUUGAGGUAGCUGUACCUUUUAGGGAGUGGGAUUUAUACCCUCGGUAUACCUUGACGUCGGAGACACUUGAAGAUCUUGACAUCUCAACAUGCUCUGGAUUCUUUCUCUGGAGUGUCACUCUACCAAACUUAAGAAACUUCACUGACUCUAGAACUGCUUGGGGUGGGCCAGUCUUACCACGAACUGCUCUGAAAGUUCACUGUUUGUACCAGGUACUUGGGAACGGUGCACCUCAACUUGAGAUGUUUAAUACUUGUCAACUGAGUGCUGGAUGGCGUGAGGUUUGCCCUAGUGGUCUUGAAGAAGUUCUUAGAGGAACUUGUUACUGUGAGCUUCAUAAAAAAGGACCUCUCAUUUUCUAGUAUUAAAGAUUAUUCAUUUUUUUAAAUGAAUGAUUGUGUGCUCAGAAUGACUGCACUGACACAACAAAUUGCUGCUUUGUUUUAUAGGGUAAAACAUUCUGCAUGUAUCAGUGUUAUUUUUACAGUUGUACAUCAUCUGAAUAAAACUGAUUGUAGUUAGUUAAUUUAUUUAAAACUGUAGUUGCCUUUAGAGUCUCGUAAAUACUGGUGUAUUGAAUGGCAUGUUGACUGUCAUUUGAAUUCAGCAUUCUCACUGCUUAGUGGUUAGGCAGCCAAAGUUUCCUCUUUAAAAAAAAACAAUAUUAAUGUUUUUAGUUUUCGUCCACAGGGUACCUUUUGGCCCAUGGGAUACAGUGCAAGACACCUUUGAUUUUAUUUUUUUUUUGAUUUUUUUUUGUAUGCAAAUCGCCAGACGCACAAGGCCUGAAGGUCACUUCAAG